CAACGUCAAACAGCUGAUUGCUCGUUAAGAUGGCGAAUAAUAUUUCACACUCUAAAUUGCAAAAAUUAUUAUUUUGAGAGUAAUCCGUCCUUCGAGAGAUCUAUAUAACAAGGUUGCAAAUCAAAAUGCCCGGGACUAGCUUAGUAGUUCCUGUAGUGCUUUGGGGAAAAUAUGCUCCAACACACUGUAUAUCCUGCAUUUAUCUCUCCAAAGAUCUGAAGACGCUAGCCACAGGGUGCUACGAUGGGCAGAUUUGUUUGUGGCAAGUUGACCCCGAUACGCUCCAUAUGAUUCCAAGAUGUCUCUUAGUUGGACACACGGCUCCAAUAUUGUGUAUAUCCCGGGCUUCGAUGAUUCAGGAUAACAACUACAUCGUUUCAAGUUCCGAGGCAGGUGAAAUGUGCACGUGGGAUUUGACAGAUGGGAAGUGCAGAGAAGCCAUUAAGAUGCCACAGGUGCAUACUAACAUACAGGCCUACCACAUGUGCAAUUGCGAGGACCUUCGGUUGUUCUGCAAUGGCUACUACCCCGAAAUCAUAGUGAUGGACCCAUUCAGCUUGGAGGUGCUCUUCAUGCUCUCCUCCAAACAAAACCCCGAUUGGAUCAGUGCUUUGCAUGUGCUGAGACCGGCCAAGCGUAAAGACGACGUAGUCCUGGCCUUAACCACAACCGGCAUGGUCAAAGUGUGGACGCUGACCGGAGCAGAGCACAGACACCAGGAGCCCAUAUACGAGAACGAGAGCAAGCAAAUCCGGACAUUGAACGCGGUGUGUUUGCAGUGCUGCUGCUACAAUCAACGAACGGUGCUUGUCGUGUGCACCAAGUAUUGGCAAAUAUACGAUGCUGGUGAUUUCAGCGUCUUGUGUUCCUAUCUGGCUCCCAGGGGAGAGAGGUGGAUGUCGGGGGACUUUCUGGCCAUCGAUAGGAUCAUCAUGUGGUCGGAUGCUGGGAAAGGUUAUCUUUACAAGCUACCAUCCAACAAGCUACGUGGCAAGAGUAUUAUUAAUAGCAGCAUACCGGAUAACACAGAUUUCCAUACGCCCAGUAUAGAGAGCGACAGCCCUUUUUUGUACUGCCUGCUGAAUCAACCAGACAGCAAGCCAUUGUCUUGCCCGCCUGCAAUGCGCUUCGUCACUACCAACCGUCACAACAAACAGACCAAGUCGCGUUAUUUAAUUCGGGGUGAUUCCGAAGGGUACGUAUUGGUGUGGAACAUUCCUGAAAUAUCGGCCGCCCAACUCGAAGAGAUUCAACGACAGAAACUACCCCAACCGGUAACGAUGGUAGCCACCAUGACGACUAGUUUGACGGAAGCAUGGGCGAGCAUGAAUCCGAGCCCUGUUGGGAUCCUGGAUCAGUUGGAGAAACAAGAAGGACAGCCAAUAAAAUUGACAGCUAGUAUCUACCUUCCUCUUCAAAGCAGGUUAGUUGUUGGCAGAGAAGACGGUUCCAUAAUUAUAGUACCUGCAACGCAGACUGUGAUGCUGCAACUUUUACACGGAAAUCAUCAGCAGUAUAACAGCUGGCCGCAACAUCAAAUUCUCUCCGGUCACGGAGGUCGAGUCAACUGUCUGCUAUAUCCGCACCGAGAACACUCACGGUACGACAAGAACCAUCUGGUGUCAGGUGGAGUUGACUUUGCGGUGUGUCUCUGGGACUUGUAUGCUGGUACAUUACUCCACAGAUUUUGUGUGCAUGCAGGAGAAAUCACCCAGUUGCUGGUUCCGCCUAACAAUUGCAGCGCGAGAAUACAAAAGUGUAUUUGUUCAGUAGCUUCGGAUCAUUCCGUCACAUUGUUGAGCUUGGCAGAAAGAAAAUGCGUAUGCCUAGCUUCCAGGCAUCUCUUCCCCGUCACGACGAUAAAGUGGAGGCCUAAUGACGAUUUCAUGAUAAUCGGAUGUUCUGACGGUACGGUGUACGUUUGGCAAAUGGAAACCGGUCACUUAGAUAGGGUACUACAAGGAAUCGCGGCGGAGGAGGUAUUGUACGCCUGUGAGGAAAACGAGGCAAAUAACGCGUCUUCGGAAGUCGGUCUUGCAAAUCCUGCGGUCCAUUUCUUCAGAGGUUUGAGACACAGAAACUUGUCAGCAAUACGACAUGCAACGCAAAGAGGUCUCCAUCAACUCCAAAUGCUGGGGGCCCAUACGAACAAUGACGAUCCUCACAUGCAGAGGAAUCACAACUCCCCUUUAUCGAUACAAGGCCUAAGAACGAAUCCCAAAGAUCCCGAGAGUCACAUCUUAUUUUUCGACAUAGAAUGUUUGAUAAUCGAAUUGUUGAGCGAAGAAUACGACAUGAUGUCCCCCGGCAGCCUGGAGUCGGCUGGAUUGAUAUCGCAGGCCGAAUAUUUGAAAGUGGCUGCUCUCACCCAGAGCGCAAGCCCGGACGCGCAUAAAAAAAUUGCGGACUUCUUCGGGAAAAUGAAAAACAAGGCAGAGAACAUGGAAAUGAUUAUUAAGGAAAAAGAUAAACACGGUAUUCUCGCGAAAAUGAAAGAAGGUGCCGAAACCGCCCUGGCGAAGGCUGAGAGCGUCUUGAAACAAGGGGGCGACCAAGCUAAAGAUGGCAGCGAAUCAAAUUCCAAGAAUAACAAACCAAAUUCUUUGGGCCCCCUCGAAACUAGUCACGGCAUGGAGAUCGCCAAGCUUUUGCUGUCUCUGUUGCACUCGUGGGGUCUGGAUAAUGAUCUCGAUAGGGUCUGUCAGGUGAAGUUGGGAUUACUAAGGCCGAUGGUUCCGAUAUCAUUCGGCGUCCUGUCCAAAGCCAACCACAUGUCUCUAUUUCUUCCCACGUGGCACAAUACGAUACCCGUGGACGACGAGCCUAUGCCUAUCGAUCUAUCGCUCACCAACAGUCUCCCUCCGGAGCUCGUCAGGCAAGAACAAGUUACCAGGAUAUUCACGUCUCACACUCACUGGGAAUUGAGCACGACGCUUACCAGCAAUCAUCUGCUGGCAAUCAUCGCUCUGAGCCACACGCUGAUGUCGAUGAGUAACGCCACCUUUGUUCCUGAACAGGAACGAAAUCGAAAGAUGUACAGGCAAUCAACGCGUGUAAACUGGAGCAAAACAGACGAAGAGCACGAAGAAAUGUACACUCAGCAGCAGGCGCAAAUCAAACAAGGCUGGUCCUUGUUGGCAACCUUGCAUUGCGUCCUGUUACCAGACAAGGUUGUAGAGCAUGGUGCUAAAAACUUCAAAAGGCCUCAGGUCGAAAUGAUGGUCAAGAGGUGGCAGCACCAUUGCGUUGAGGUUAGGGAGGCUGCACAGACGUUACUCUUGGCCGAACUGUCAAGGAUGGGCCCUAAAGGCAGGAAGCAACUGGUAGAGGCUUGGGCCCAAUACUUGCCACAGUUCACCCAGAUAGAAACGAUAAACACGCAGGCUAACUCUCCUGUGAGCCAGAACAACGGGAACGGGGGUCAACCGGCCAAUACGCCUGAUGCCUUGGAUGAAGAAUUUGAAGAGGAGGAAGAAGAACAAAUUAGAAAGCCUUCCAGUUUGUCAGAACUGAAGAAGAAACAAUCGACCGCCGUGAUAAUUUUAGGGGUUAUAGGAGCUGAAUUCGGACAAGACAUCACCUGUGGUGGGGAUAACAAUAAGAGACGGUCCAGCGAAGAUAGAAGGAAGAGUUCAGUGGCCGAGGGUUUCGGUCCGGGCAACAACAAUUUAGCAAGACUGACUUCAAUGGCAUUGUCCCAUCUACUUUUAGCGCCCCCUUCUCAAAAACUACCAGCACACAUUCCAUUACGGAGAGCCGCUAUCGAUCUGAUAGGCAGGGGCUUCACCGUGUGGGCCCCCUUUUUAGAUAUUAGUAAAGUAUUAUUAGGUCUGUUAGAGUUGUGUUCGGAAGCAGAUAGGCUCGUUCCGAAUAUGACGUACGGGCUGCCUCUGACUCCACAAGCUGACUCUUGCAGGACCGCCCGGCACGCAUUGACCUUGAUUGCGACAGCUAGACCUGCCGCCUUCAUAACAACAAUGGCCAAAGAAGUGGCGAGAUACAAUGCCAUGCAACAAAAUGCACAAACUUUAAAUAUAAACAUGAAUAACAAUGUAUUACACAAAGCCAAACCCGAAAUAUUGAGGGGAGUAGAGUUGCUGAUAGAAAAAAUGCAAAAUGAGAUGUCGGAAUUGUUGGUGGAGUUGAUGGAUAUUAUCCUGCAUUGCCUGGACCCUAGUCAAUUAAAGAACAAAGGAUUGCAGGAUGUAUUCCCGGCAGUUUGUAGAUUUAAUCAGGUGUCACAUUGCUCCGCGACGAGGAGAAUAGCCGUUGGAUCUCACACAGGUUCUCUCACGAUAUACGAGCUACGACAAGGAAAAUGUGUUAACAUCAAAGCUCAUGGCUCUGGUGUCACUGCGUUGGCGUUCAGCCCAGAUGGAAAGUUUUUAGUCAGUUACGCGUGUGUCGAAAACAAAUUGAACUUCUGGCAAACGAGUACGGGUAUGUUUGGUCUCGGUCAGUCUCAAACGAAAAACAUAAAAUCCUACAGCACAGCUCCCAUAGCCGAUGUCGCUCGCCUGAAUCCAAUGAGGCUGGCCAGACUGAUAUGGAUGAACAAUAGAACGGUGUCGCUGAUGUUGGCCGACGGUUCCGAAACGCGUUUCAACGUAUAACGACUCGACUGUGGCCUUUCCUAUAUCUAAACUUGUUCUUUCGUAUUCAGUAUCUUAUGGAUGUAUCAUAAUCUUUCAAACCGUAUAAUGUUUCAAAUCGCACCGUUAUGUAAUGUUACUGGUUUCAGUUCAUGUGGUAUCGUCGAGAGUUUCGAGUCCAGUUCGAUUGUGCUCAAAAAUGUAAUAUUAUUUCGUUUCUACAAUUCGUAUUUUUGAACAUUCCAAAGCAUUUAUUGUUCCGGGAGAACACUGAACAGUUUAUUUCAGAACGGAAGCAUACAGGGUGGUUAUAAUGUGAAAUCUAUUUUAUAUGUGUCUCGGCUUGAGUUCUGAGACAUCCCGAUUUUUUUUAUCAAUCUGGGAGAGAUUUACGUGAGAGAAGAGUCGAUAUCGAACUCUGUGGUAAUAUUUGGAAAAACAUUCUAAAAAUGUAUUACAAAAUUGAAGCAGUCACAUUUUCGGGUUUCAUUUUUAUUUAUAAACAUUUCCAAUAUUGGACUAUGCUCUCGGCGAUCAUAUUCUUUAUAACGAGAGCGACAAUAAUUUGAAUGAAGACGAUCGUUGAAAGUGUGUUUUAUCUUUAAUUCAAUAUUUUACAUUUCCCGGUCCGGGGAAACACAUUGAAAGAUAGCCUUAAAGAUUUCAAAUACAUGUGCCUAUAGCGUACAUACACUCAUUUUUGAUAAGUUUAAUUUUGUAGCUUUAGCUUGUGAAUAAUUGUCCAGGAAAAGUAAUGAAUAACAACCCUCAAGAUGCAUGUUACCAACAUUUUCUGUGUCGGAAUUAUUCAGUUGUUUUCUAGUAAUUAGUUUAAGGAGUAUUCUAGUCUCAGACAUAUACAUUUCGAUGUAACGGUUGAUUUUUCCAAGUAGAUCGCUAGAAGUUACCAAGUAUAUUUUCCAAUGUAGGAAUUAGCAUAAAUCUGGAAUGUUGGCAACAAUCAGGGGGUGAAGGGUGGUAACUGCGUGUCAUUCCUGCUGAAUUCAGGGGAGCUGGCUAGAAUGAAAAUGGUGUAAAUCACUUUAACAAAGUUUUGAACUGACGUUUUUGUGAAACAUUCAGUUAAAAAAUCAAGGUUAUAUAUCUCAAAACGGUUUUAUUAUAUUUCGAACAAAAAUUUUCAAUACAAAAAACAUUUUUGUAUUGCAAAUUUUCGACUUACACCACUUUUAUUGUAGAAAGCUCGUAUAUAACCUCCAAAUGUUAUAUGAAUUCAUUAAUGGAAGAAUUGUUGGUGAUUAUAUUUUUGCACUUCUAUUUUGAGUCGAGUUUCUCUACAAAUUUUUGCCAUUAGUGGGUUGUCUAAGAAAAGUGGAUUUCUAUAUUCUUUUUAUCCGUCUCGAAGGACCAAAGUAUUGGCGAAACUUUGAAAAAUUCCUCCGAAAGUAUGGAACAUUUUUUUGUUUGUUAGUCCGUUUUUCUUAGAUUAGACUUGUAUAUUCAGUACAACCCAAUGAAAUUGUUUACUUUUUUUGUCGUUGGCUUCUUCAUAUGAUUUGUAUAAAUGUUUGUGAAUUUUAAUUGAGUAGCUGAAAAUUAUAUUACUCUGGAAUAUAUUAAUGUAGCUCAUAGGAAAUUCUAUAAUUUACGGGCAAAAUGUUUAUAAAAGAUGUAUAUAAAUGUUAUUUAUUUUUAAAUUUAGUAGAUUUUAGAGUAAGUAUAUUUUAUUCCUAUAUAGUGAUUAUAAUAAAUUAUUGUAAAGUGUUGAUUGAUUUUCUGUUGGAUCGAUGAUUUGGAUGGACAUAUUUUUAUUUUAUAGAAGUGCUCGUCACUGUUCAUUAUUUUACAUUGUUGAUUGGUUAUAUUCUUUUGAAUCUUUUCGUGCAAGAGCUAUUCAUAAAUACUAUAAUGAGAUUAACUAUGUAUUCUGUAUGUACAAUGUCAACAGCCUUAUCUUUGAAAAUUCGAGUUUUAUGACAUUAUCGUGGUCGAUAUUUUGACGCGAUUAUUGAUUUUUCCACUGAGGAAAACUCAGUAAUACCGUAAAAUAUGUAGGUGUCUUCUUUAACUAAACUAAUUUGCUCCUCUAGUAUUAAAAAUGUCACUGUAAUACAGUGCUGCAAAAAGAGUGCAUCUUGCGAUGUGCUGGGGUAUCAGGAAUAAGUAUUUUUUCAAAUUCGUCCUUGUCAAGUCCCGGCGUAUCAUUUGAUGGUGCACUUCCCCAGCGUUUGUGUCAUCUUUGUGAUUCGGGACACCCUGAAUUGUACUGAAUCGUCUUUAUCCAUAUUUUAUCGCAUUGGUUCGCUUAUGAAAUUCGUUAUACAAAAUCUCUGGAACGUUCAGUUUUUCUGUAUUUCAUUGUAGCAACAAACAAAUAUAUUUCAGAUGUUUCCUCGCUCUACGAACCUUGAUCUAAGAAUCCUUCGUGAAAUAUUUCUCCUUCCAGUAAACCAUAAUAACUGCCUUUAACUAUAAACAUAUUAUUGCUUGCAAUGUAACGAUUUAGAUAAAAUUAAUCAAAUGUUUUUAGUUUUUCAAUUGAAUAAUGUAUCAUUGUAAUCGAACCUUGCUAAGUGUUGUGGGAUUUGUUUCGAAAAAAUGUGAUAAAAUAUGGUGUUUAAUGUUAUGUAAAUAUAUAAGAGUUUUUAGCAAUAUAUGAAUGUUUUAUGUACAUGUGUACAUCAAGGUCAAGUUUAGUCAACAAUAUAUUAACUGAAAAUUA